AUGCCGGGCGCAGAGGGCUGGGCCAAAGCUGUCUCCACUGGCCUGUGUCAUCUCUUCGUCGUCAUCUUGUUUCUCUCUACUUCCUUCUUUAGCCAUCUCAAGCCUCCCUCAGACUCCACCUCGACGCUGGACUUGCUGUUGUCCGUGUUCUACGCCGUCGUGCCCCACGCCCUGAACCCCCUCAUCUACAGCCUAAGGAACUGGGACAUUUAUACCGCCCUGGGGAGGGUCCUGAGGUGGAAAUUUUUCACGGUCAUCAUGGAUGAUGGGGUCUGUGGGAAGAUGGCGGCUGCCUUGUUGCCUUUUGGCACACUGAGCGCCAUGGCGCACACCAUCGCCACCUUCUCCGUCCCCGUCUGGAGAUCCAACGUCCUCCCCCAGUUCUUCUGUGACAUCCCUCAGCACAUCAGUCUCGCGUGGCCCGGUGGAAAUCUCCAGGAAUUUGUGACAAAAACCGUCUCAGUUGGCCUCACCUUCGGUUAUUUAUUCUCCAUCGCCGUCUCAUACGUGUACAUCUUCCGGGCCGUGCUGAGGAUGCCGGACGCCGAGGGCCGGGUCAAAUCCUUCUCCACCUGCCUGCCACAUCUCGCCGUCGUGAAUUUAUUCGUGGCAAAUGGCGCCUUCGCCUGCCUCAAGCCCGUGUCUGACUCCACCUCGACCCUAGACCUGCUGAUGCCCGUGUUCUACAGCAGGGUGCCCCCGGUCCUGAACCCCCUCAUCUACAGCCUGCGGAACCGAGACAUGAAGCCCGCCCUGGGGAGAAGGAUAUCGGGGAAAUGCCUCUAA